AUUAGAUCGUGAGCUUUUGUGGCAAGGGCAUCGUGUUUCUAUGUGUUCUGCAGCACGUAUAGUGCUUCGUGGUAAUUCGUCUACCACUGCUCUCUGUAGGAAUCUAAUAUUAUUGUCUCCUGUGAUUACAAUUACCAGUGGAAGGAGAGGCAAGCGAAGAAUAUAUUAUCCACGUGUCAAGACAUCUCCAGCAGACUGUGACUUGCAUAAAUGGCUUGGAAUUGAGUGAAAGCCAUCACGGUGAAGGGGGCUAUUUCCAUUCCCUCUAAUGUGCCUGUUGCAGGCUGCUUUAGUUCAACGUGCAGCAUUACAGCUUAUAGCAAUCAUUUCAGCACCAUCAGCCCUGGACAGCAACCCAGAGAACAAGGAGAAGGAGCCCAUCUGAUUACAUUGUAUCUGCUCCUCACUGAUGGAUGAGAAACAUUCCACUAAGGAGGAGAUACAUUUAGAACCUUGGUUCCAUCAGUAACCUGGAGCUCAUUUAAUGGAUUGCCUUGACACUCAUCAGCAGCCAUGGGAAGAAGUUUAUUCUAGAAAGGGAGACACAUAGUCCAUAUCCUUGUGAUACAAUCAGUGUGGGUCCUUUUCUACUGCUUUUCACAUCAGAAGCUCCCCUGCCCUGGAUUGGCCAGAUGCUAUUAUUGCCAAUUAUAUUGCUUUCAGAUAACAGUGGGAAAUACGUGCAUUCAGAUCAGCUGGAAUGAAAAUGGUAGCGGACAAGAGGAUGACAGAAAACUGAAGCUAACUUUGGUAGAUGGGAGCUUUGAUCCCAAUUAUUGUAAAUUCUAUGCAAACAACGCUUUAGGAAAAUAACACAAAAUGGUAAGCUUUUUUUCUGAGGUAAUAUUUUUAGUAUAUAUACUUAAAAUGUUUUAUUUUCCACUAACCAUGCUUUUUAUGGGCCAUAGUGUAAAUAUAUUUAUAUUUUUAUGUAUAGUGUAUUCAUAUCUGCAGCUAUUUGUAAUAUGUGUAUAUAUCUUAUAUAAUAAAAGUGUCAUUAGAUUGUGUCUGCUCUAUGUUUUAAGUAACAUUCUGUGCUUUUCCAGUCAGUCAAUCAGGGCUUUUUUCCAAUGGCGUACUGCUAAUGUAGUAUUGGGGCUUUUUUUAUUUGAAAAGUUUAAUUGUACAUUUUGUGCAUGACGUUCAGUAGAUAAGGUUUAUUUGUUUCCCUAUCAAUGUAAACACACUGCUUUUCUUUCAGUAUGGGUUUAUUAACACCUGUUUGAAGUCACUCGUCAUAGAGAAAUACGGAGAAGAGACAUGGGAUUUAUUAAGGUAAAAGCAUGUAUGAUAUCUUACCUGUAACUGAUUUAUGUCACCUGCACCCUUGCAAUAUGCUGCUUAAACUUAUUUUACAUUUAAAGACACUUGGUAUAAGUAACAGGAUCUUCUGUCAAUAAUUCUGAAGUCUGUGUGUUUCUUAAUCCAUGUACACAAUGUUAUAAUUCAACUAGUUUUAAUACACCACUAGACCAUAUGUAAGUGUGAAGCUGAGUAUUGAAAAUCUCAUUUCACAAUACUGAGCCGGGAAUUUUCCCUUAUUGUUGUAACAGUCUCCCUUCUCCUGGAAAGUCAUUUCAAUCACAGUCUGAUGUUUGGCCUUUAGACCUGGCUAACAGUGACUUGGUGGUAAUUGUGUGCACCUACAGUGACAUUUCUGUCCUUCCCCCCUCCGAAGCUGUCUAAGCUUCUUCUUGCAUGCUGUAUGGAAUCACUAAGAAGUGUCUGUGGACAGAGGGAGAAUAGAUAUAACAUAAUGUCCCUUCCACAUCCAUCAACUGGAGAUUCUCACUUGACACAAGACAGAUCUGUCACUACAGGUCCACAGAAUCACCGUCAAUGAGGAGGGCUUGUUGUAUGCAAGGGAUGUUCUCUCUGUUGGAUAUAUUUAAGUGAGAAACAGACUUUUUGUUAUCCCAUCAGUGGUGCUCUUCCCCAGUUAUGCAGGACUUCUGCAAUGCUAGCUUGUUGGUUAUAAUUUAUAAACAGUAUGUUAGUUCAAUGCCUUGUCUUUCACUGUUUCCAUGUGGUGCAUACCCCGAGGUAGUCCAUCAAUAUACCCCUUAGCAAUGUGAUACACACAGUGAUGCAUAUUUGUUAUAGGCUGUCUAGGCCUAGCUGGGUCAAUGCGCCCACCACACAAGGCCUAUAUCAGAUGCAUAUACAAGAUCUCCAGUUCAUACAGUCUGCUAACAAACCACAUUUAUUGUUGAAAGCCAUUCAUACUAAUAUUUUGUUGUAUAGAAAUGUACUGUACAUUAGAUUUGUGCAUUUGGUUUCAAACAAAUUGCCAUUCCUACCAUCUAAAUUUUGGGCAAUCGCCUGAUAUUUCAAUUUCCAAAUCACCAUAUGGACAAACCAAGUGAAACAACAAAUGAAAAAGGUAUUUUGUUUUUUUCCACGACCCGGAGUUCUGGACAUGUCUCCAAAAAUAAAGAAAAAAAACGUAGAUUGAUGGUUGAGGGACAGCCACAAAAUGUUAUACACACAUUCGGUGAGAAGUGACCAAUAGAAGAAAAGAAAGGAGGAGUAUAAAAAAAAAAAAUUUAAAAAUUGAAUCUAUAUUUAUAUAUAUUAUUUACAUACAUUUUUGCUGCUCCUUAUUUUACCUUUAUUGGUUACUUCUUCUCACUUGAUCUUUAAAGCAAAUGGCCUGAAAAUGUUUAUUUGUAUUGAUAUAUUCUGCAGUACAAUGAUAGGUGCAUUUUUGGGUAGUCCCGAAAUGAUCGUAUGAACAAAACUUGUCUGAGCAAAAAUGCCACCUGGACAAAACCUUUAUUACCCAGAGCAAAUUUUUUCAGAUUCAUUUAUUUGAAAAUACCAAGUUUUUUUUGCUGUGCAGACGUACAUACAUACCAAUAGCAAAAUAAAUAAAUAAAGAAACCAAACAAUCAGACCACUCUGACCAUAAGGUCUCCUCUCUUAUGAUUCUUGUGUGUGAACAUUCUUACCUAAAUCUUGUGACUUGGCUGUCAGAGUGCUUAACUGACAUUUCAAUGCAUUGGAAAGCCUUCCUAAAAAGCUUUUCUCUCCUUGAAAGUGCAGUGUGCGUGGAGCCCCUUAAGGAUAUAUAUAUUUUUUUUUAUGUCUUUUUUUUUCAUUUAUUUUUUUCAUUGCAUUUCUUUUGCAGUUCAGUUUGUUGUUAUUUUUAAUAGUAGUGUUGGGUUAUUAUAGUUUUUAUCUGGCCUGAAAACAGAUGAUUUAAAGGGACACUUCACUGCCCAAAUACAAAAUGAAUUAAAAUUACUGUUUAGUAGAUAUACCCCAAAUGAAAACAUGCAUGCAUUUAAUUAUGCAUUUCUUUUUUAUUGGAGUUAUAUCUAAAAACAGUUUGCAAAAAAAAACCAGCAGUUCUCUUCUCUGCUAGAGAAAAAGAUAUGAGGGCUGCGCCAAAAGUCCAGUGAAGUAUUGGUGGAUCGUCGAAGAUACUGGAUAAGGUUUCCUAGUGAAGGUAGUUACGUCUGGUUUUGACCGUUCAGUAUAUGAAAAUACAAGAGAGGUAGAGGCGACCAAUGGUGUAGUAUGUAAUAUUCAAGGUGCGGUAGGUAACAAAAGUAAAGAACUCACAUUCAAGAGAGCUAUGACCAGCUCUGGUGUGGAUCGCAUACAGCGGUAUAAUCCCAGUUUAUGGGAUAUGUAGGGGAGGACUCUCCGUCAGCGCUGUCUGGUAAUCCAAAACUUGGAAAAGGAGAUAGAAGCAACAAUAGUGCUCUCAAUUGUGAUAUAGUUGGAUGUGCAAUAGAUAGAAAAAGAAACUCACAUUUGAGGGAGCUGUGGCCAGCUCUGGUGUGGAUAGCGUACAGUGGUAUAAUCCCCGCUUGUGGGAUCUGUAGCAGUAGUACGUCCGUCAGCACCGUCUGGUAGUCCAAAGCUCCAAGAGAAAGGAAUAAAAAGCAGCAAUAGUGCUCUCAAUUGUGAUGGGAUACAGGAGUAAAAUAACAGAUAAAAUAAUACUCACAAAGAUAGAGCAGAGGUACUGCUCUAUGGCUUGGCAUUGGAGGUAUGAUCCCCACCUGGGAUUUCUUGGAGUACUGGAACAGUAAAAUUGCCAGUGGGAGUAAAAGUAGCAGGAACGUUUAAAAUGUCAGGAAUAAGUAAAAAAGUUUAAAGUGCAUAGAGAGUGCAAUAAAAAGAGGAUUGGUACGGUGAGGUAACCAAAAAACCUUUAUUGUUCUAAAAUACACAGUAAAAUAUAAGAGUAAUAAACCAUAAAUGUGUUUCACCAUAAGUGGCUUCUUCAGAAUGGGAUAAAAUGAUAACCUGGCAGAGGGUGUUUAAAUAGGGCUGUUGUAAUUAGGAAAUUGCGCCAAAAUUGUGAUUGGCCAAUCAGAAACAGUGUUGGAAAUAACAGAUCAAAAUACUGAUUUAGAAAAUUAGGGUGGAAGGGGUAUAAGAUUAGAAUGUAUAAAAAUUAAUUUGAGGUUAAAACAAGUAGUUUAACAGUGUUAAAAUGUGUAAUUAUUAUUGGUCACGUGAUGCGGCCGGCAGGGCAUUAUGGGGAUUGGAGUCAGGUAGCGCCCGGUUGCGAGGUGUAAGGGAGAGUGGUGGGGAGAGUGGGCGUGACUGAUUGCGUCAUGCGAUCAGUCAAAAUGCCGUCGGCCAUAUUGUGGCUGGCGGCAAGGACCAGGGAGGGAGGGGAAGAGAGCCAAACACGCACUGAACAUGCGUGGUUGGAGAGCGCCCGGCAACGAGGUGUACGGGGGCAUGGUGGGGAGAAUGGGAGUGACUGAUGGCAUCAUGCGAUCAGUCAAAUGCCGUCGGCCAUAUUGUGGCUGGCGGCAAGGACCGGGGAGGGAGGGGAAGAGAGCCAACCACACACUGGGCAUGCGUGGUUGGAGAAAUACCAAACCUAUAGUAUGGGAUUCGGGUAGUUGAAGGGUAGGUGCCACAGUGGGGGAAAAAGGAGCAAAAAAGGUGUAAAUAAAGAAAGUAAUACAGAAUAAAUAAUAAAUACAUAAGUCACAGUGGGUGGUGCAUAUAGAUACGGAAGUUGCAUAAGAAAGUAAAAUGCAUAGUGAAUAAGAGUACAUGGAGAGGGAUGUACAUACGAGGUUAAUACAGUGUAAGGCAUAUAAGUUAAAAAGUUAAAUAAAAUUAACCAAGUCAAAAUCAACAUUUAACCCAGAUGGGGUAAGAGUUCUUCUAAAAACCCAUUCCAUCUCAGCUUUGCCAAGUAUAUUCUUAAUGUUACCACCUCUCCAUGGUGUUACACAUUUUUUUAUGCCAAUACACUUAAGGAGUUUUGUGUCGUUAUUAUGUUGACAAAAGUGUUUAGAGACUGAAUGAUUGAGGUAGCCUUUUUUAAUAUUCCUACAAUGUUCACGCAGUCUCACUUUAAGGUUUCUAGUGCUCAUACCUACAUGCUGGAGGCCGCAGGGGCACUCCAGUAGGUAGAUGACGUUCUUGGUGUCACAACUGAUAAAAUCUCAGAUUUUAUAGGUCUUGUUGGUAAUAUUAGAUUUAAAACUAAUGGUUUUGGGGGGAACAGAGGGAUCCGUGUUCUUACAUACAAUACAUCUUUUACAUUUAUAAAAACCGCUGGCAUUAGGCAUAAAAGAUUUAAUAACAGGUUUGGUUUCUCUGGUAAAAUUGGGGGCACCUCUAAAAACUACAUUAGGUUUGUCUGGUAUAAUGGUUUUCAAUAUUUCAUCUUCUUUUAAGAGGUGCCAGUGUUUUUUGAUGAUUCUUUUGAUAUGGCCACUUUUGUUGUUGAAAUUAAAAUUGAUUGGAAGAGGCAUUGAGUUAGUAGUUGGUUGGGUUUUGUAAGUUAGGAGGGCUGCUCUGUCUUUGUUGGUGAUGGUGUUUAUGGUGGUGUUGAGACGGGUUGGUGAGUAGUUUUUCUCAAUAUUUUUUUUUUUUUUAAAUUGGCCUGUGUGUUAAAGUCUUCUAUUUUUGAGCAGUUCCUUCUAAGGCGUAAAAAUUGGCUUUGAGGGGCACUUUCUAACCACAGCUUGUAAUGGCAGCUUGACCUUUCAAUAGCCGUGUUAACACAAACUUUUAAAAAAAUUUUUUUGGUGUGGAUGGUAUUGUCUCUAAUUAAAAUUUUCUCUGCUGCCUUUGCAAGAUAUCCUCUUCUAACCCUGCCAAGACUUUCUGUGACUGUCCAAUCACAUACUUCCCAAUGCAGUUCCUUGAGAAGUCUUUGCGAGGCAGGUGCUCUGAGCUAUUGCUGCCUCUUGAGUUCAGUGCAAUAAGCUAACUAAACCAGGAUGUAACAGGACCCAUUGUCUCCUUGAAAAUCCAGGGAGGUGUAACCAGAUUAAUUUAUAAAAGUGUAAAUUUCUAUUGAAAUCUGCACUAUUUCCGAAAAUAAAAAAAUAGGGUACACUCUUCAUCCAUAAAGCUUUUCAGCAAGCUAAAGUGCUUUAGGGGCUGAAGUGUCCCUUUAAAAAGAAAGAAAACCACUAAAGGCAAGUUGUAUGUAUUUUUAGAUUUAUCGUGCCUCCUUAACAUUAUGAGGGUGAGGGAUUAAGUAGAUUUUUUUUUAUUAUGGGGAUGAAGGCUCCUUGCCACCAAGGUUUGGGGUGAGAAGGCACUGUUUAGUGGGGAACUUUAGAAUAUCUUCUCACAGAUUUAGGUGUAGAAGGUCAGUGGUCAUUGUGCAUGACUUGUGGGGGGAUAGUUAAAAGCCUGAGGAUCCCUAUUCACUUGGUGGUGGAUGAAAUAGCCUAUUGUUUGGCUUGGGAAGACUGUCUGGUGCCCUCCCCCCCGCCCUUGAUUAAAGUUUAGAGCCUCUCCUAUCGCUCAUGGGUGAGGAUUGCAAUUUUUUAUUACAGUAAGCAGUCACUGAUUAAUUUCUCUUUAGAAAACAUGCCCCCACCACGGUAGAGAAGGAAGGGGCAUAACAGAAGGCUUUAUUCCUCCCUUAUGCUAUUGACCCCCCAUAGGCUUUUUCUAAAAAAAAAUUGUUAACAUGUCAAUUUGGUAGCUGGAUAGUAAUAACAGCUCAUCUAUUGCAAAUUUGGUUUGUUUCAUGAUCCCUCCAUAUAGCAUAAGUCCACACGGAAUGCAUUCAUGCACAAACAGCAUGAAGCACACAUGCAGCCAUUCAUACACACACACACAAUUAGCCCCACACAUACAUAAACAUAUAUACCUAUAUAUACACUGAUCAACCACAACAUUAAAAGCAUGACAGGUGAAGUAAAAAACAUUAAUUAUAUUGUGACAAUGACACACGUUAAGGGGUGGGAUAGAUUAGGCAGCAAGUGAACAGAAAUUCAUGUGUUGGAAGCAAGAAAAAUAGGCAAGUGAAUAGAUCUGAGUGACUCUGACAACAGCCAAAUAGUGAUGGCUAGAUGACUGAGUCAGAGCAUCUCCAAAAUGACAAGUCUUGUGGGGUGCUCCCAGUAUGCAGUGGUUAGUACCUAACAAAAAUGGUGCAAGGAAGGACAACUGGUGCACUGGUAUCAUGGUUAUUGGCACCCAAGGCUUAUUGUGGCACGUGGGGAGCAAAGGCUAGCCUGUCUGGUCCGAUCACACAGAGGAGCUACUGUAACUCAAAUUACUAAAAAAACGUAAUGUUGGCAUCAUAGAUGUGUCAGAACACACAGUGCAUUGCAGUUUGUUGCAAAAGCACUGAAAGUGCCUUCUAGGGGGACGUGAGCAUCAGAACUGGACCAUGGAGCAAUCGAAGAAGGUUGCUUGGCCUGAUGAAUCACAUUUUUAUUUACACUGAACAAAAUUAUAAAUGCAACACUUUUGUUUUUGCCCCCAUUUUCCAUGAGCUGAACUCAAAGAUCCAAGAUGUUUUCUAUGUACACAAAAUACCUGUUUCUCUCAAAUACUGUUCACAAGUCUGUCUAAAUCUGUGUUAGUGAGCACUUAUCCUUUGCCAAGAUAAUCCAUCCACCUCACAGGUGUGGCAUAUCAAGAUACUGAUUAGACAGCAUGAUUAUUGCAAAGGUGUGCCUUAGACUGGCCACAAUAAAAGGCCACUCUAAAUGUGCAGACUUGACAAAUUUGUGAACAAUAUUUGAGAGAAAUAGGUAUUUUGUGUACAUAGAAAAAGUCUUAGAUCUUUGAGUUCAGCUCAUGAAAAAUGUUGUGUUUAUAAUUUUGUUCAAUGUAGAUCACGUGGAUGGACGGGUGCAUAUGCAUCCUUGACCUGGGGAAGAGAUGGCAUCAGAACUAUUUGAAGAAGGUAGGCCGGCGGAGGCAGUGUUAUUCUCUGGGCAAUGUUCUGCUGGGUAAACUUGGAUCCUGGCAUUCAUGUGGAUGUUACUUUGACACAUACCACCUACCAAGAGAUUGUUACAGAUUAUGUACCCCUUCAUGGCAAUGGUUUUCUCUGAUGGCAGAGGUGUCUUUCAGCAGGAUAAUGCACUCUUCCACACUGCAAAAAUUGUUCAGGAAUAGUUUGAGGAACAUGAUAAAGAUUUCAAAGGUGUUGCCUUGACCUCCAAACACCCCAGAUCUCAAUACAAUUGAGCAUCUGUGGGAUGUGCUGGGGCCAGUCCAUUGGGGCCCCAUCUUGCAAUAUGCAGGAUACAGGAUUCUGGAUACCACAGGACACUUUUGUGAUCAGUAUAUAAUGAACAAAACACACACACUACCAAACGUACCCAACUUAAAAAUAAUAAUAUGUACAAAAACAGUGACCCUGCUAUUCCCUCCAGAUGCUAUCUAGACACAGGCCUAGUCAGCCCAUGCAUAUAUACACAUCUGGUUACAUCUGGUUACACAGUAACACCAUGGUGAUAUGGUGAUAGCCUGCACUGGAAGAGACACAUAACUCCCAUCAUCUCUGGUGCUGUGUAUGUUUACAUGGGUCUUACAAUUUACUUUCUCAUUACUGGUUAAGGUAAUUAAUACUGCUAAAAUAAAAUAAGAAGAUGAUUAAGGGCUUGGUGUGAUGGACUUAAUGGGGAUUAAAUAAAAUAAUAAGGGAAAGGGAAUGGUGAAGAAAAAAAUAAAAAAGUGGGAAAAGAUCAAAUGAAAGACUAGAGAUAAUGUGUGUUGCAACAGAAUAUUGGACUAAUAUGAUAUAUGAUAGGAGAAGGUGUGAGACAUGGUAUUAAAUGGUAUGAUGUUGGCAGAGCAUAAAAAAUGUCAAAAUGGUGGGCUUAUCAUUCUAACAACCACCUCUAUCAUACCAUUAAAUAUAAUAAUAGGGGAUAUGGCAUGAAAUUAAAGAAUGUGGGAUUUCAGAUGUAAGUCAAAGCAUUACAUGGCAGAAUAUGUGAAAUAGCAAAAUGGGAGCCUUGUUAUGUGAAAAAUGUCAGAACACGUGUUCUGGCAUGGAAUGGUAGAAUAUGGAGCUUGUCAUGGGAGAUGACAGGAAAUGGUAAAAUACAAGAUAUGGCAGCUUGUUGAGCUGGUCAUUAAAUGAAAAAGUUAUAAAAGGGAGGAUGGGAGAUUUCAUAAAGUGACUGGACAUUAAAAAUAUUAAUAAUAUGUAGACACUCUGUUGGAUAGAAUAAACACAUUGAAAUCCUAAAUACACACUCAUACACACACUACACACUCAUACACACACUCCCAAUUGAGAGCUUUCAUCAGGACUACAAACAUUCACUAAUGAACAGACAUGGAUUAUAUACCUUUGCAGUAAGUAAACAUUUAAAUCCAUUUGGGUAAAUGCACAUGCUACAUAUAUAGUCACAUUCUCACAUUACACAUUCUUAUACAUUUAAACACCCAUUUAUAUAAAAUACACAUAUUAUUAUAUACGUAUAAAAUCCAAAAACGUGCACUUCUUUUUAUAACCAAUAUAGCCCAGUGCAGGUUUGGCAAAAAUUGUACAAAAAAACAAGGAAAAAACACACUCCAGGGACUUAAUAUUACAAAAUAUAAAAUGUUGCUUUUAUUUACAUGAUCCAAUAAAAUGUCAAUGUUUCAUCUCGCAACUGAGAGCUUUCAUCAGGACAGCAGGCAUACACUAAUGAACAGACAUGGGUAAUAUACCCUUACAGUAAGUAAACAUAUAUGUCCAUUCGCGUACAUGUACAUACUACAUAUAUAGUCACAUUCUCACAUUACACAUUCUUAUAUAUUUAAACACCCAUUUACAUAAAAUACACAUAUUAUUAUAUAGGUACAUAUUUAACGUAUGGCAUAAUCAUAUUCUGGGUGUUUGGUAAAAGAUGGUUGGUGGGCAAAGGAGAGCAUAUUCUUAUCUGAGUCUAAGGCAGUAAAACAAAGGUUACAUACGUCACCAAAGAAAUGACAAAUAUAACUUAAGCAAUAUCAAUAUUGCAUGGCUUUAUAAACAGGCUUGACCACACUAUCUUCAUGUUGAAUAAUGUGUUUGUUUUACACUCAUCAAACGUAGCUCAAAAGCUAUUAUUAUCUACCUGAAGCAAUAUAUUCUAAAAAAAAAACUACGUCUCCAGAAAGAACAUUAUUAUAAUUCAUUUUUUUAUUAAUUAAUUAUUAGCAUUAAUUAUUACUAGAACAAAUUAUGAUUUGUGAAAAUAUUUUUUACUUGCCCAGCUUUUAAAACCAGGAAAGGCAAUAUUUGAACAGAUAUCUUCUUUUAAAGCUUUAUUAGAUGCUGGUAAAUUAAAAAAGAAAAAAACACCAUAACGAAUACUUUAGAUUUCAUACAAUUGUAGGCACACUCCAUAUAGAUUGCAUACCUUUGUGUAAUUGGUUUCCAAUAAAAACAUAACGUCUGCAGGACCCUAAAGUAGGGGCUUAUGUAGUGACAGACCUGUGUUCUAGUGAGCUCAAUAACUGUAUCCAUUUUAUGUAUCCGGUCAAGGUCUGAAAGCCUUAUUAGUCUGUCAGUUUCUCCCUCCAAUCCCCCACAGAAUUAUCUAAAAUGUUAUAUAAAUGCCUAUUCUUUUUGAGGAUUGUUCCUUAUCCAAGCAAGCGGUAUUAAUUUUCUGUUCCCUGAUCACAGCUGCUCCAAACGAGGAUUACCAUACAAAGAUGUUUUGCCAGGUAGGUUGCUGGUUGCCGGGUAACUGCACUGCACUGUAAAUUUCAUGAGAGAAUUGGCCAAGAUUAGGGAACAUCAACUAAUGCUGUUUGAUCAGCUAAGGGUCCAAUCAGCAGCAAGAGACAGAAUUGAUAGAACAUGGUGGAUUAUCUCCCCCAACUAGGAGAUUGGAAGUCAGAUAGAGGAAUAACAGGCAAAUAGUGCUGUUAUCAAACCUCAUGUCAUACAGAGAUUCUGUGUAAAGGCUAUACGAGUCACUUUUCAUAUAUUUACUCUGUGCAAAGAAAGAAAGAAAGAAAGAAAGAAAGAUAUUAAACAGUAAAUAUUUAUUAUAUUAAUAUAUUACCCUUGAAUGGAAGAGGUAACUGUAUGCAAUUUCCUGACAUGAGGUGCAAUAAUAUAUAUUUGUAAUAUUAUGGGUUUUAAAAAUAAAACAAACGUCUGAACCUGUUUAUAGAAUAAACGGUCUUUAUAUGGACUUUGUAGGACUGAAAAUUUAAAUGUGGACUCAUAAACACUGUGAAGUAGGAUACUGGAUAGAUUAAGGAAAAAGCACACCAUUCUGUGAAAGAAAUGUAAAAAACUCAAGUGUUACCUUCCUGAAGAGAGUCUGGUAAAACCUGCAAAUUUAGUGAGGUAAACAUGUUCACAAAAGGUGAACCAUCUCUACAAUACUACAUGACAUUUCCACCUCUGUGGAGGAAAAAAAUAAUGCCCUGGUUGAAUCUUUCUACAAAGUACUUUGUAUACUGAUAUAAUUAAGUUUCAGAGUGACAGGACUGGCUACAUACAAUAAACAAUGAUUUUUUAUUUUGGCCUUGGAACAAAUCUGUUAGAAUAGAAGGCAAUUAAAUUAUAAUUAAAUUAUAAUCAGUAGGGUCUUUCUUUCCUAGAUUAUUAGCUAAAAUAGUCAGAGGAGCCAUGGAUAUUCAUUGUGCUGAAAGUAAGUUGUGUACAAUUUGACAUGACAAGGAAAGAGUUCUGAAGUUUCUGUACUACUAGAAAUAUAAGAUAUACCCAACACCCAUGUAUGAUGUUAUAGUGCAUGUGUCAUGAUCAUGUAUACCAGUGCAAGUUAAUGUGACUGCCUGAAAACUACAGCACUAUGAACCUUAUUUACUGCGAGGUGAAUUCCUACCAUGUACUGACAUACUCCAUACACCUCAAGUAACACUGGUAGUCAUGGCAACUCCUUAUAGUUUUAGGCCAAAUUGCAAUUCUUCGGAAUUUUGGCCGAUCUUCGUUUCGUCCAAAUUCCAUAACUCCAAAUAGCCAACUGAAGCAACCGAAACGGACAAUGGACAAGCCAUUUGUUUUUGCAUUUCAAAAGGAUGUAACAGGAUUCAGUACAUAUAGUAUUGCUAUAUAUACAUAUAAAUAUAUGUAUUAAGGCUAAAGCCUGUAAUUGUGAGAGGGCUAUUUAACCUUAAUCCACCCUCUUACCUGGACCAUUCCCAAUCAGGUAGGUAUCAAAGUAGAAUUAUUAAAACUUGGUUUGCGGUAAUAAUAAAAUAUAAAAUUAAAUAUAACAUUUCUUUUAGUGGUCUGAGGAAGUCCAGUUACUGGAAGAAAUGUGUUGGAUCAUUAUAUUUGAUUUUAUAUUUUAAAUCAAGUUUUAAUAAAUCUGCUUUGAUACUCAUCUGGAGUCCUAAUGGAUUUGGCAUAAUCCAUGGAUAUGUUAGACUUAGGAGAACAUGGUUUCUUCUGGCUACCCAUUGAUAUCAGAGGAGACAACCACAAAGCACUAUAGGCUGCUAAUUGUUUUUGUAGAUUUUCAGCUGUAUCCAUAUUGUGUCUAUUAUAUAUUGACUGUUUGAACGGGGUGCCAUAUGGGAAGGUUCCCUUGGGAAGCUGUACAAUUAAGUUAUAUAUUUUUUUCUACAUCUGACCUUAUUUGGCGGAGGUGUCGUGUAUGCAUAAGAAUGUAUUUAAACCUGUAUUUCUCCUGGACUAAGCUGUUUAUUGCUGACCCAUGUCAUAAACCAUAUUAAUUUAGCUUUUCCUUUAUUCGUUUAUAUUUGCAUUUCAGUAUGCUUAUAUACGCUGUGCUCUGCUGAUACACCUGCCUAAUUCAACUAACAGGCAAACAGAUAAAAGAAGUUCAUGCUGUUGAGAAUAAAAUGUAUUGAAUGAAUUGAUAAUGUAAGGUCUUUCAUAAGAAUUAUCAGUCAUGUUAGAAGGAAAGUAACCAAGUCAAAGUUCCUAUCACAUAACCCAUUGUCAAAACAUUACUGAAUAUACAGCUAUUUUAUAUAUAGACUAAAUACUUUAUGAAUUCUGCUGUUCAUAUCAGAACUAGGCAAACUAACAGGCAAUUCUAAAGAUAAGAUUUUUUUUGACCUUUGCUAAAUUUACUUCAAUGUACUUGGGGAGAAUAUGAAUUAGUAUUAGUUUGUGCUGGUAUCACUGUAAAAAUGCAUUGUUAUUUUUUCCAGGGGAUACGCCAAAACCUGUCUUGGGGAAGAGAUCAAAAUGGAUUAUAUUAAAGUGAUAUUGAUUUUGUGUCAGCAAAAUAAAGACUUAAAAUAAAAAUAACAAAAAGAAAGAAUGAAAUAUGCUGCUUGGAUGAGUAUUAAGACAUUGUAUUGUAGACGUUUCCAGUUUAAACAGAUUUAAAAAAAAAGCUGGUAUUGGUUUUCAGGGAACACUCAGCCUAUCCCUACCCCAAUGAAAAUCUAUUGGGCACAUUAUGGAUCUGUGCACUUAAAGGGACAUGAUGAUUAAAGAGCAUUUUACAAAGGUUAGAGAUACAGCAGUACAUACAAAUAGAGCAAUAUACAUGUAUAAUAAUAUUCAUGUCAGCACAGCUGGAUCAAUAAUCCGGAAGUACAAGAUGCAUCUUACUACCCAGGCAAAGCCAAGAAAAGGCCAUAGCUCACAUUUAGUGCUCGGACCAGGAGCUGUCAGUGACCUGCAGGUACAAAAAUGAUAUCAAUUUCACAGGCCAAAGUCAGGCUAAACAAACAAAAAAACAUGGAGCAGACUGAACACACCAGAAACAAUCAGAUAAGAAGAUGAAACUUUGUAAAAUUAGGCAUGAACUAAACACAAGCAAUAUGGACGCAAAGGCUAGAAUGUGCUGGUAUCUAACAAAGCCACAGGAAAGGGGUAUCGGCUAGUAUUGGCAAGAAUCUCAACAUUGGACACUUAAAGGGAUACUCAAGACCCCUAUAGAACUUCAGCUUCAUGAAGUGCUUUAUGUAUAAAGAGUGUGUCCAGUUUUUGUCACAUUUGAAUAGAAAUUGGUACUUUUAUAAAUGAAAGAGAUACUAUAGGCACCAAAAGGCACUAUGUGAAUCAUCACAUGUAGGGCAAACCAAAAAGACAUGGGAAUCAUUAUAUAAGGAGACGAGGACUGCUGUUGUCAUGUGGCUGUUUUAACCAUGAAGGCAGGAGCUGUGUCUAUGAAAACAAAAGGAAACAAGCAAAACAUGCUAGUCACUUUUUUAGGAGAAGAAAGGACCAGAGAAGACCCAGGUUGUUACUGAAGCUCACUGUAGCAUACCGCACAACCUGGACAAUUUUAUAUAUUUUAUAUAUAUGGUACUUCUGAAAUGUAAAAGAUUACUUAAGCGUAAAGAGAGUUAAGAGAUUUCUUAACUGUCAAUGGGACCUGAUGGAAUACACCCAAAGCUAUUAAAAGAGCUUAGUGGUGUACUAGCAAAACCAUUAACAGAUUUAUUUAACCAAUCAUUGUUAACAGGAGUAGUCCCAGAAGAUUGGAAGUUUGCGAAUGUUGUGCCCAUUUAGUAAAAGGUAAUAGGGAGGAGUCGGGCAACAGUAGGCCAGUAAGCCUUACUUCAAAGUGGGAAAAGUGGAUAGGAGAAAGUCUCUAUGGAUUUCAAGAUCAGAGACAACAUGGGUUUACUUCAGGAGAUCAUGCCAAACUAAUCUUAUUGAUUUUUUUGAUUGGGUAACUAAAAUUAUAGAUCAGGGUGGUGCAGUAGACAUUGCUUACCUAGAUUUCAGUAAGGCUUUUGACACUGUUGCACAUAGAAGGCUUAUCAAUAAACUGCAAUCUUUAAGUUUGGAUUCCAAUAUUGUUGAAUGGGUAAGGCAGUGGCUGAGUGACAGGCAACAGAGGGUUGUAGUUAAUGGAAUAUAUUCGAAGCUUGGACUUGUCACCAGUGGGGUACCUCAGGGAUCUGUACUUGGACCCAUUCUCUUUAAUAUUUUUAUUAGUGAUAUUGCAGAAGGUCUUGAUGGUAAGGUAUGUCUUUUUGCUGAUGAUACUAAGAUAUGUAACAGGGUUGAUGUUCCAGGAGGGAUAAGCCAAAUGACAAAUGAUUUAGUUAAACUAGAAAAAUGGUCAGAAUUGUGGCAACUGACAUUUAAUGUGGAUAAGUGCAAGAUAAUGCAUCUUGGACGUAAAAACCCAAGGACAGAGUACAGAAUAUUUGAUAGAGUCCUAACCUCAACAUAUGAGGAAAGGGAUUUAGGGGUGAUUAUUUCUGAUGACUUAAAGGUAGGCAGACAAUGUAAUAGAGCAGCAGGAAAUGCUAGCAGAAUGCUUGGUUGUAUAGGGAGAGGUAUUAGCAGUAGAAAGAGGGAAGUGCUCAUGCCAUUAUACAGAACACUGGUGAGACCUCACUUGGAGUAUUGUACACAGUACUGGAGACCGUAUCUUCAGAAGGAUAUUGAUACCUUAGAGAGGGUUCAGAGAAGGGCUACUAAACUGGUUCAUGGAUUGCAGGAUAAAACUUACCAGGAAAGGUUAAAGGAUCUUAACAUGUAUAGCUUGGAGGAAAGACGAGACAGGGGGGAUAUGAUAGAAACAUUUAAAUAUAUAAAGGGAAUCAACACAGUAAAGGAGGAGACUAUAUUUAAAAGAAGAAAAACUACCACAACAAGAGGACAUAGUCUUAAAUUAGAGGGACAAAGGUUUAAAAAUAAUAUCAGGAAGUAUUACUUUACUGAGAGGGUAGUGGAUGCAUGGAAUAGCCUUCCAGCUGAAGUGGUAGAGGUUAACACAGUAAAGGAGUUUAAGCAUGCAUGGGAUAGGCAUAAGGCUAUCCUAACUAUAAGAUAAGGCUAGGGACUAAUGAAAGUUUUUAGAAAAUUGGGCAGACUAGAUGGGCCGAAUGGUUCUUAUCUGCCGUCACAUUCUAUGUUUCUAUGUCUUAUCACCUUUAUUUCCACAGUUACCUUAUUACUUUCCAUUUAUUAAAUCAUUUGAAUAAAAGUGAUAUUUUAACCCGAAACUUCUUGUUAUUGCAAUCUAUUUGUAAGCAUUGAUUGGAGACAUAAAGAUUAGUAAUUUACUUUCUUUUAGCUAAUAUUCCCAGAACUAUCAAUAUGUUUAUCAGAAACUCUGUAAAAAGACUGGCCUGUGUAGGAUAGAAAGAAGGACCCAUUACUCUAUAAAGCAUAUUCAAUGUUAGCUGCGCAUGCACACCUGGUCCCCAAUGAGGAGCAUUAGAUUGGACCAUUGCAGAGAAGGCCAUGCCUCCUCCAUAAUAUCAAAGGAGUCAGAGAGGUGAACAGGAAAAAGGUAAGUAUAAAAAGGGUAAGUAAAAAAAGAAAUUUGAUUAUUUUUGUGGCAAAUAAAUACCACUAGGGACAGCGACACUAUAGAGUUUUAAACAAAGGUUUGUAUUCAGUGUUCUUUUAGAACAGUAUUUCUGGGGUAAUUUUUUAUAGUGAUGACAUUUUAUAGUAUAAACUACUUAUAAUGUAGUCCUACUAUGAUCCCAAGAGCAAGAACAACAUUGGAGUAACUCAAGAACAAAACUGUGAUUAUCCAAAUAUUCCGUUACGAAUGUAGUAAUAAUCCAUGGAACUAUUUAUAAAUGGUGUUGCACAAUCGUUCUGUAGCUGAUUUGGACAACCAUGAUCAAAUCAGUCAGAAACCGUAUAUUAUGGUUAAACUUCCUCUCACUCUGAAUACACAUUUUUGACAUAUUUACUUAAAAAUAUUUCUUUAUGUUAUUACAACUACAGGUAGAUGUUUAAAUGUUUAAUAUGAAAGUUGUGAUCUGUUAGUUUACGCCAAAUGGGACCCUAACAAUCAGACAGCAGCUAAGAGAGGAAGUUAAUCUGGCUUGGUAAAACAAUCAAUAUCUUUUGUCUUAUGGAAAUAUGCAACUAUUAAAAAAACAUUGACAUUCUCAAUACAAAUUAAAAUGAAGAGAAAAAUAAAAUAAAACAUAAAACCUUGCUAUUACAGUUUGGGGUUGGCAAAAGAAGCACUAAAAGCCAAGCCCCUUUCUAAAUACAGAUAAAUGAUUUGAGCCAGGCAACUGUAUUUACUGUGUUUGGUCUUUGCCCUAAAGCAACAAUUUUAAUUGCAAAGGAAAAGUCAGUAGUAGAAAUGUGAAUACGUUCAAUGUAGCAUCUAUUUGGAAUUCAAAAUCUACACACAGUACUUAAAGCCAGUUUAAAAUGUCACUAUUAAUCUAAAUUGAUAUAUUUAACAUCACAUCUUUGCUAAUAAAGCAAUAUAUUAGUUUAUUAAAAAAAACAAAAAACAACAGGUGAGAAAAAGAAUUUCUGUUAUAACUGACAUAUUUUGGAUUUCUUGUCGUGGCUGAACCCAUUGGAUUGUAUUUAAGUGACUGCAUAAUAUUGUGCACGUGUGCUUGCUAUGGAUAUACUGUAUUUUUAGAAUUACGGUUCCAUUCAUUAAUUAGUUUAGUUCUAGCUAACUUUAAUAAUUCAUCUUGUUUCCACAGAAUUAAAACGGGAGUGCAGGAUACGUUCAUGACUUACGAAGUGUACAAAGAUGAAAUAACAUUGCAGUUAGUUGACAAGGCAUGCCAAAUGCUGGGUAAGUAUGGACUGAGCAUAGGCGAGUGCAAUAGAAAAGUUGUAUAAUAUUUCAGCUUGGGGAUGGCAGAGUCCUAGCAGCCAAAGCAUCUUAGUAAGUUUAUAUUUCACAGUAAAAUAGAAUUUGACAACAGUUCUAAGACUGUCAAGCAGAAUGUCCAGAACUCUUCUCUUGUGUGAUCUUAGAAACACAGAGAAUAGAUGGCAUAUAGAAGAUCUGUGUUUUUGGCUUUAUCAGCCUGCUGUACAGUUUGCAGAGUGUCAAUGUUGUAGCUAAAAUAUAAUAUGCGAUUGAUCUCUUAAAAUUUGCUGCCUACAUUGAAACUGCAAAAUUGUCCUGGCCAGGUAGCCAAUAGACAUUUUGAAUCAAAUCAUUCUAGCCCUAUUUUAGUCUUAACAAGCAAAACAAAGUAAUUUAGCAGAACAACACUACUAGAUUGUGUAGUAAACUAACUGGUCAGGUUUAGCUAUAAAAGGAAGCCACUCGCUGUGUUAUUGGCUUCAAUUACAGUGUCUGUAAAAUUCCAAUUAUGUAACCAGUGAAAACAGCAUGGCAGUGGGAUCCUGGGCAUACGUUCUGGGGUUACUGUAAUAUGUUUUCAGUGGUGUAGCAGUAAGUGUAACACCACUGAUAACAUGACUGAUGCUCUCAGCAGGAGACAAGGAAAUUGGAAAUAAAUUAAAAUGUGAUCUUUUAAUAGUAUUAAAUCAGCAAACACUUAUUUGUUUAACAUAUGUCAAUCCGGAUUAUUAGAUAACUGCAGAUCUACAUCUGUCAUGACAGGUUUACUUUGAUGUGAAAUAUUCAUUUACACCAGCAUGUUCAAAUAGUUCACAUGGCGUCCUACACUUGGCAUGUGACUAUAGGCUUAGAAGCAUUAUGCAUCAUCCAGAAACCCAUAUACAGUUAAUAGUAGUCUUUGCUGUUUUGUCAAUAGCUUAAAGUUUAAUCAAAAAGUGUCUUUGAUGACAUGUUGAUAAGCACAAAGCAUGUUAGAUCCUUGUUUCUCACUUCCUACCAGUUCCAACUGUUGAUCAUUCAUUAUUUCACAUCUUUCAAAAUAUCAAUACUAUUUUUCCAGGUAGAAGAUUUUUUUUUGAGGGGGGGGACCCAGUGAAUCACUCACUUGUUUUAUUGUCUUUAAAGUAAAUCGUAUAUAUAUAUAUAUAUUUUUCAUCACACGUAUGAGAGAUUGUGCAAAUUUAUGAAAUUAUCUCUAACCACCAUAUUGCAUAAACAGACCUCUUAAUAUUUAAAGGGUGUCUGGUGUCGCAAAUAAUUAUACACCUUUGCCAGAAUUUAUAACAGCCAGAGCUUUUAACUCAUGUAUAGAAACCUCUAACAACACAACUAUAUUCCUGGGGACCGAUGGUUGGGUAAAGACACUGACAAGCUCAGAAAAGCAUUCUAUAAUCUAAUAAAAUGAUCGAUCCACUUCUAAUGUAUUGGGGCACAAUAAAUAAUGUGGUAAAAUCUAAAAAGUAGCCUUUAUUAAUGUCAUGUCCUAAAAAGUUAAAACUAGAAAUUCAUCUUAAACCAAGUUCAGAAGGUAGUUAUUGAAAAUAUAAAUAAUAGUUUUCUAAUUAGUAAUGCAUGUAAGAACUAUAUGUUGAUAUAUCAGGGCUCAAAAAUUCCACUCUCUGCCAAUGAAGAGAGUAAAAUUUAGCUCUGGUGAGUAGAGAUUCACCCUUUAUGAAUGUGCCAUGGACCAUCUAGGCUUGCAGUGGUGAGAAAAGUUUAGACCUGUCUUGAAAUUUUGAGCCCUGUAUAUAUUGUUCAUCGCAGUAGAGAGCCCUGAUAUUUAUUAAUUCCUGUGAAUUCUGUCCAGUGUUCUCCCGGACUUUCUCUAGAGUUUCCGUUGGGAACUUUAGUCUGUUAAACCUCUGUCAGACUGUCACUGGGACACGCUGUGCGCUUUCUCAGAUCACUGAAUCAGAAAUCUUCUUCUUGAUGUGAGCCAUUGGGAGAGCAGCUAGGUCUCUCCUGAAUUGCCAGACACAGAAACAUUCUAAACCAAAACACGUUUUCAGGUUAAAGCAAGCAAAACUUCACUUCAUUAAAUGUAUCACCCAAGGACACCAAGCCUCUAAGACCUUUCUUCCUGCUAUAAUUCUGUAAUAAAUGUUAUUUGCUUAUUUGUAAGGUGUAUCACCGGAAGCUGUUCUACAGCAGUUCGGAGAGUAUUUUUUCGAGUUCUGUAAAAGAUCUGGAUAUGACCACAUGCUGAGGACAUUAGGUGGUAACCUGUAUGAAUUCAUAGCAAACUUGGAUGCUUUACACAGUUAUCUGUCACUCUCCUACCAGGUAAGAGGGGAAACCAAUAUUUAUUUAAUUUUUCCAAUAAAUGCCGACUUCAGUACUGUGACACACAUCACUGGUUGUGAUUGCACUUUAUAUGGGACGUAGUAGUAGUAGUUAUGGUACAUUGCUAAAUUAUCUUAGGGCUAAUUCUAGAACCCACAAUAAGAAGCAGAUAUGGGAGCCUGGCAUACAACUGGACAACUGCUGAACUUCACUGACAGGGUUACUCAGUAAAAUGAGAAUUACCAGGAAUUCUAAAUUAAUUCAAAGUUAAUUUCAAAAUUUAGGCCAAAACUGCCGAAUCAGUCAAUAUUGUUUUCAGUUUGGAAAUUUUGAAAUUCACCAUGGAUUCAAAUUGAAUUCCCUGCAAAUAGCACUUUAGUUAAUCCUGCAAGUGUCUGGCCCUGUUGUUUUCCAUAUAAAGACAUCUGUGUUCUCAGGCCACAAUUCUUGUAGCUUUUCUCACACUCAAGGGUAAGUCCAGCUAGCAUAUUAAGCGGGCAAGCUCUUAUCUAGUUUACUGGCAGAUGACUGACCUUGUCGCUUUUCUUUAACUAGCUGACUGCUGUCAUGAACACACACUACUCUAAGUGUGCUUGUGACUUGGUUCCAGUUGUGCAAGGGUUUAAAAUCAUGAUUUGACUACACUAGACCAAAAAUAAUGAUUAAAAAAACUCUCUUAACACCAGCCACACUUACCCCCUUAAGGACCACACUUUUGGAAUAAAAGGGAAUCAUGACAUGUCACACAUGUCAUGUGUCCUUAAGGGGUUAAAGGAACACUCCAGGCACCCAGACCACUUCUGCCCAUUGGAGUGGUCUGGGUGCCAACUCCCAUUACCCUUAAUCCUGCAAGUGUAAUUAUUGCAGUUUUCAUAAACUGCAAUAUUUACCUUGCAGGGUUAACUUCUCCUCUAGUGGCUGUCUACAUGAAAAGUGUGUUAUAACAACGCUGGACGUCCUCAAGCUAUGUGAGGACCUCCAGCGUCGCUGAAAUCCAAAUAGGAAAGCAUUGAAAGCAUUUUUCAAUGCUUUCCUAUGGGGAGGUCUAAUGCACAUUAGGUCUCACCCCGCCAGCGGCCGCGCAUGCUCAAUAGGUCUCCCCCGCCGCCGGGGGAGGAGGGUAAACGGACCCUGAACCAGCGCCAAGGGACAUUGGCGCUGGAUACAGGUAAGUCACUGAAGGGGUUUUAACCCUUUCAGCAACUUGGGAUGGGAGGUGGGAGGGAGAGGGGACCUGCAGUGCCAGGAAAACGGUUUGUUCUCUUAAAGUCCCCUUUAACUCUAAUAUCCAAAAGCUGCCACCACCAAGGCAAUUUAUAAGAGAGGAAGCCUUCCUUUUCCCAAGCAAAUUAGAUAAACAACCAACUAACACAAUUUAGGACAAUAUCUACCUGUAUGCAAUUAUAAAAAUACUAUUAAAUUGGUCUCUUCAGGUAACGUGAUUCUUUAUCAUACGAAGAUAGAACUUAAUAAAGAAAUAUUUAUAAUGAAAAAGAAAGUGCAUACAUGAAAAAUAAAUAAUGAACAAAUGAUUUACAGCAGCAACAGUUAAAUAUAAAAAGUCGACAUUAACAGAAAGUAAUGGUAUCUUCUGUCUAUGUGGAAAAAGUAAUAUUAAUGCUGUUUCUGGCUGCACACUUGCAUGGAGCUCUAGACUGACUCUCCGUCAUACUGAUACAAUGCCAGAUAGAAGUGCUUCUCAAUGCGGGAAAGCCUUGCAUUCCAAAGUCCGUUUCUGUAUUCGCAUUAUCUGGAGUACCAGUACAAAAUUGCUAUAAGGCAGACAGUUUCUUGCUGGACAUUUUCCGUGAUCCCUCUCAGUUUUUUACCUCCAAUGCAGACUAUUUAGCAAAAGGCAGAAUUGGAUAUUUCAUUUGAUUCUUGCAGAGCAAGAUCUAAGACUGAGAUAAGAAUGUUAUAAAUGACCCUUCCUGAUUAAGCAUUCUUGGCAGCAGAUCAAGGCAACGUAUGAUGUAAUACUCCUGCACCCUAUGUGGGACAACAGGAAUGUCAAGGGCGAUACAUGCCACUGAAUGGACACAAUGCUAGACUACAACAAUCAGAGUCAUAGAGAUCAGACAACCAGCAACCAUUUAUUAUGUUACAAGGCAGAUGAAAAUGUGAUCCAGCAGUGUAUGCAGAACAUUAAUGAAUCAUAUGAAACUUAAAAUCUAAUUUUUCUCCUGAUUUACAAAGCACUCAAAUGUAAUUUUUGGCAAGUUUCCUUUCAGACACUUGUUCAAAUGGAUGCCUCAAGUAAACAAUUAUAUGCAUUCAGUUUAGAGACAGAAUCAUGUUUACUCAUUCAUAAUUUUCUAUAACGUCUGUAACUGAACACAUUAAUAUAAUUACAUAUCAUGACAAAAUAAUAUGCAUGCAAAUACUAUUCACCGUGCCUUUUAUUUAUCUAGCCUAUAAGUCUUCCUUUUAAGUUAUCUCUAUGUCUAACUAUGAAAAGAAUAUUUCGAUUUUUUGAAAAUGAAAAGAGAUCAGCGGUCAGAUUGACAAAAAAAUAGGACUGUGUAUCGAUGCAUUGAAUGCAUGCCGUGGAAAUGAAUAGACAGUUCUGCUCAUUCACAGCAGAACGGACAAGAAACAAAACUCUGACAUUAGGAAAAUAAAAUACCCUCUCCCAAACAUUAGUCUUAAUUAAGUAGUUCCCUAACAAAAAAAUAAAUAAAGGGUAGAACAUAAUGCUGCUAUGGUGAUUGGUCAAGUAACAAAAAACUGCAUUAAGUAUAGAAACUAUUUCCUUUUUUUUUAUAUAUAUAAUUCUUUAUUUUUGUAGUGCUUAGAUUGGUAUACUAGCUUGUAAAGACAUAACAAUAGUAGUUAAUGUGACAAGAUAAAUUGUAUGUAUAGAACAUGUCGAGAGAUGUGCACUUUUUCAGAGUUAAACUUUCAUGUCUAAACGCUACAUGUAGGGUUAUAUGGCAUAAUAGAGACAUGAAUAUUACAGCUACAUAGUAAUAAAACAAGCUAGAACUGAGAAAUAUAGCUAAAUGCUUAAAGGACCACUAUAGGCACCCAGACCAGCUCAGCUCAAUGGAGUAGUCUGGGUGUUGGGUCCCCCUAGUUUUAAUCCUGUAGCUAAAAAACAUAGCAGUUUCAGAGAAACUGCUAUGCUUACACUGCAAGGUUAAUCCAGCCUCUAGUGGCUGUCUCCCUGACAGCCAAUAGAGGCUGCUUCCGUGAUUUACACCAAGUCCUCACGGAGUCCAGCGUCAAAUAAGAUCCUCAUAGGAAAGCACUGAGUAACCCUGACAGAGAUCCAAAACUGCACUUUUCAACUACAUUACACUAUUUAGUUACUUUGAAUUUAAUGCAACUAUUUCUUCUACAGGCAAUGAACGCUCCAUCCUUUAGGGUAGAAGUGAAUGAUGAUGGGUCAAUGCACUUGCAUUAUUACUCAGAUAGAAGAGGCCUUUGCCACAUUGUUCCUGGUAAGAUUUUUAGCAUCCUACUUUGAGUUUUAUAAUACAUUGACAAUUUUAGAGAUGCAAAUGCACACUAGAUUCAUAAGAUUGUCAUUACUGUAGCGUAUAGGACAACAUUACCUGGGGAACCUGGGCUUUUUAGUUUUAUUUUCUUGAACUGAAUAUGUUUGAAAUAUUUGUGAAAUCUAGAGAGAAUUUUGUGGAUGCACAAAAAGGCACCUUUAAUGCUAUUUUAUCUUUGUUGAUAACCAUUAAUGGAGGUGGGGUUGUUGGUCGGAAGGCUUGUGACUCAUUCGUCUUGCAGAUGGGAUGAUAAGUAGACAUGUUGCUUUGGCUAAACAUAGGCAUCAAGAUGGUGCUAACAAAUGUUAAAAAAACAAAAAACAAACAAAAAACAAAACACAACAAUUGUUCAAGACAAAUAAUAAGAUGUUGAAUACAUAACUUUGGAGAAAAUGCAUAUAUGAAAAAACAGAAAUAUAAGAUAAUUGUCAUUGGCUAAAUGAAUGUGUAGCAGGGUUCAGGUAUGUUCACAACAAACAAAAUAAUAGUUUCAACCACUCUACAAUCAUUUCAACACAAAUUGUCUUUAUUAAGCCAUAAAGUCAGGUGUAUCAUACCACAAAUAUAAAGAGAAUUUAAAAAAGUGUGUCAUAUAAAUUAAUCACUCACAGUAGAAAAAUAAUAUUACUUGCACAAAAUCCUAAUAAAGUAAUUUGUGCUGUUACACUGUGUUUCUUGCUCCAACAGAUUCCUAUGUGACUCUUGCUUUUUUGCAAUGUUAUUUCAUACUCGUAAUCUAGCAAUUAAAAUUCAUUUGUGCUCUUAAUUGAGGCUUAUCACCUUAAUGAUUGCUAUAAUAACUUUCUUUCUUAACACAUUAAUCAUUCUAUUCUUCAUAAAUGAACUGUUUAGAAUAUAACAUUGCAGUGUAAAAAGCAACUAUACUCUUUGUGCUACUGUAGAUAAUAACUAUAGCAUAUUCAACAGUGAUGUUUGAUAUAUAUAUAUAUUGUACAUGUAAUUACUAAAUGGUUGCCUUGUAAAACAAUCCUCCAUCGUGACUCUCAAAAUAAACAAAGUGAAAUAUCUGUAAAUGUUACCGUUUAACACUCUAUACUUAGAUGAAUUCAUAGAUUACAUCUAAAUGCUUUUGUAAUGUUUUCAGAAUUUUAAGUCUAUCUAUCUAUCUAUCUAUCUAUCUAUCUAUCUAAACUAGAAAAAUGGCAGCUGACAUUUAAUGUGGAUAAGUGCAAAAUAAUGCAUCUUGGACAUAAAAUCCCAAGGGCAGAGUACAGAAUAUUUGAUAGAGUCCUAACCUCAACAUCUGAGGAAAGGUAUUCAGGGAUAAUUAUUUCAGAUGACUUAAAGGUAGGCAGACAAUGUAAUAGAGCAGCAGGAAAUGCUAGCAGAAUGCUUGGUUGUAUAGGGAGAGGUAUUAACAGUAGAAAGAGGGAAGUGCUCAUGCCAUUGUACAGAACACUGGUGAGACCUCACUUGGAGUAUUGUACGCAGUACUGGAGAUCGUAUCUCCAGAAGGAUAUUGAUACUUUAGAGAGAGUUCAGAGAAGGGCUACUAAACUGGUUCACGGACUGCAGAAUAAAACUUACAAGGAAAGGUUAAAGGAUCUUAACAUGUAUAGCUUGGAGGAAAGACGAGAUGGGGGGGAUAUGAUAGAAACAUUUAUAUACAUAAAGGGAAUCAACACCAUAAAGGAGGAGACUAUAUUUAAAAGAAGAAAAACUGCCACAACAAGAGGACAUAGUCUUAAAUUAGAGGGAAAAAGGUUGAAAAAUAAUUUUAGGAAGUAUUACUUUACUGAGAUGGUAGUGGAUGCAUGGAAGAGCCAUUCAGCCUUCCAGUUUAGAGGUUAACACAGUAAAGGAGUUUAAGCAUGCGUGGGAUAAGCACAAGGCUAUCCUAGAUAUAAGAUAAGGCCAGGGACCAAUGAAAGUAUUUAGAAAAUUUGGCAGACUAGAUGGGCCGAAUGGUUCUUAUCUGCUGUCACAUUCUAUGUUUCUAUCUAUCUAUCUAUCUAUCUGUCUAGCUACAGUGAGGGAAAAAAGCAUUUGAUUUCCUGCUAAUUUUGAGAGUUUGCCCACUGACAAAGAAAUGAUCAGUCUAUAAUUUUAAUGGUAGGUGUAUUUUAACAGUGAGAGACAGACUAACAAAAAAUAAUCCAGACAAAAUGCAUGUCCAAAAAGUUAUACAUUGAUAUCGACUUAGUACUUGGUGGCAAAACCCUUGCUGGCAAUCACAGAGGUCAGACGUUUCUUGUAGUUAGCCACCAGGUUUGCACACAUCUCAGGAGGGAUUUUGUCCCACUCCUCUUUGCAGAUCUGCUCCAAGUCAUUAAGGUUUCGAGGCUGUUUGGCAACUCAAACCUUCAGCUCCCUCCACAGUGGCUAGGCCACUCCAGGACCUUAAUUUGCUUCAUCUUGCGCCACUCCUUUGUUGCCUUGGCUGUGUGUUUUGGGUCAAUGUCAUGCUGGAAUACCCAUCCACGACCCAUUUUCAAUGCCCUGGCUGAGGUAAGGACGUUCUCACUCAAGAUUUGAUGGUACAUGGCCUUGUCCAUCGUCCCUUUGAUGCGGUGUACUUGUCCUGUCCCCUUAGCAGAAAAACACCCCCAAAGCAUAAUGUUUCCACCUCCAUGUUUGACAGUGGGGAUGGUGUUCUUGGGGUCAUAGGCAGCAUUCCUCCUCCUCCAAACACAAAGAGUUGAGUUGAUGCCAAAGAGCUUGAUUUUGGUCUCAUCUGACCACAACACUUUCACCCAGUUCUCCUCUAAAUCAUUCAGAUGUUCAUUGGCACACUUUCUUGAGCAGGGGAAGCUUGCGGGCGCUGCAGGAUUUUAGUCUUUCACAGUGUAGUGUAUUACCAAUUGUUUUCUUGGUGACUACGGUCCCAUCUGCCUUAAGAUCAUUAAAAAGAUCCUCCCUGUGUAGUUCUGGGCUGAUUCCUCACCCCAGUCAUUGAAACUCAGCUUCUGGACAGGUGUCUUUUAUACAGGUAACGAGCUGAGAUUAGGGAUUGAAAAGCAUUUCCCCAGUGGUGAUUAAAAAAAAAAAACAGACAAAAAUUAAAACAUUUGCAAACAAAAAGGUAAUCAAUUGAAACAAUUCAGCUAUCUUAAGGGAAAUCCAUGUUCCCACAGCCAACAUUGCGCAGAGAGUCACGUGUUGCAUCAUCCCACCCCCUGGACGUGUGACAUCAUCCUGA